AUGCCGACAGCAAAAUGCCCACUGAAUUUAGUGAGAGAUCAAUAUAAUCCUUUGAAUUACUACAGAGCAGGAGACCAUCUCAUCAGCGGGGUCAUCCCUACACUAAAUGCUAGAGUCAUGCCAACCUCUUUCUCUCAGCCUCCCAUGAUCUACAUUAGAAGUGACAAUGACAUAAUUUCACUCCACUAUCUGGCCUUCCUGUUUGCCAUCCAGGAGAUCAGCCAAGAUCCCAAGCUCUUACCCAACAUCACUCUGGGCUACAACCUCUAUGAGAACUAUUUCAUGGCAAGAAUCACAUAUGAUGCUCUGGUAGACCUGCUAUCUACCGGGCAGGCAAAUAUUCCAAACUACAGGUGUGGGAGGCAGAAUGACCUGCUGGCUGUCCUAGAGGGUGCCGACUCUGAAAUUGCCAUCCAUAUUUCAAACAUGCUAAGCAUCUACAAAAUCCCACAGAUUAGUUAUGGUUUUGUCUCCCAUGACCUCAAUGAUAAAACUCAGUUCCCUUUUUUCUACCGGACGGCCCCAAAAGAUGAAUACCUGUACGCCGGGAUUGUCAGGUUGCUCCUGCAUUUCAAAUGGACCUGGAUCGGUCUCUUUGCUCCAAACAAUGACAACGGAGAAAGGUUCAUGAGUUCUUUGUCACCUGUACUCACCACAAAUGGCAUUUGUGUUGCCAUCUCACAAAGAAUCCCAGAACUGAUUGUGUAUGAGUUAGAAGUGUCAAUUUCCCCCGAGUCAUUUCUCACCUGGAGACAAGUCAAUGUAUUUGUUUACUAUUCAAAUGCUCGCUCUUUCUAUGGAGGAAUAUUCCUUAUAAUUCAAAUACUCAACGAUAUGGUAAUGUCCACCAAAGGGAAAGUCUGGAUCACAACAGCUUUGUGGGACAUCACCUCGACAUUGUCUGAUGGAGGAUUAUGCCUUCAGCAAAGCCACUUAUUUUUUUCCUUCUUAAUACAGACAAAAAAAAUCCUAAAGCAUCACAAUUUUGCCUUCAGGCAGAUUGUUCCUUACUGGAGGAAAGCAUUUCAUUGUCCCUAUUCAAAGCACAUGUUGUCUGUGAAAGAACGGCAAAGAUGUGAACAGAGAGGUGAGUUGCCCCUGGAUGUACUUGCGCAAAGUCUCUCUCAAGACAACUACAGCAUUUACAGCAGUGUCCGGGCUGUGGCACAUGCCUUAAAUGAUGUGUAUUCCUCCAGAUCCAGGAAGAUGUCUAUGAUGGGUAGAGGAGACAAGUUGAGACUUCAGAAGCUGCAGCCAUGGCAGACUUUGCCUCAUUCAAGAUGCACCAAAAGUUGCCUCCCUGGUUACGUCAAGGUGGUUCUAGAAGGACAGCCAGUUUGCUGCUACGCUUGUGCUCCAUGUCCCGAAGGGACUAUCUCCAUUCAGGAAGAUGCAGACCAUUGCACCAAAUGUCCAGAAGACCAGCAUCCGAACAAGGACAGAGUGCGAUGUGUCCCCAAGAUUAUCGUCUUCCUGGCUUAUGAAGAACCUUUGGGGAUCCUCCUGCCUAUCUUUGCCCUCUUUUUUUCCUUGACCACAGGCUUUGUGUUUGGAAUUUUCAUUAAAUUCCUGGAAAGUCCCAUAGUCAAAGCCAACAACCGGGAUCUCUCCUACAUCCUUCUCAUCUCCCUCCUGCUUUCCUUUUUGUCCUCCUUCCUGUUCAUCGGCCGGCCAACAGAAGCAACCUGCCUUCUUCGACAAACAGCCUUCAGCAUUAUCUUCUCCCUUGCUGUUUCUUCUGUGUUGGCAAAAACCAUCACUGUGGUAAUAGCCUUUCUGGCCACAAAGCCAGGGAACAGGGUGAGGAAAUGGCUAGGGAAGAGUUUGGCCAACUCCAUUGUCAUUUCUUGUUCCAGUGUCCAAGUUGUCAUCUGCACCAUCUGGCUGGGGAUCUCUCCCCCAUUCCCAGAAUCUGACAUGCACUCCCAGCCUGGAGAAAUCAUCCUCGAAUGCAAUGAAGGGUCUGUUGCCAUGUUUUAUGGUUCCCUGGGCUACAUGGGCUUGCUGGCUGCCAUCUGCUUCAUGGUGGCUUUCCUAGCCAGGAAGCUGCCUGGGACCUUCAAUGAAGCCAAGCUGAUCACCUUCAGCAUGCUGGUCUUCUGCAGUGUUUGGGUCUCCUUUGUGCCCACCUACCUGAGCACAAAGGGGAAAUACAUGGUAGCCGUGCAGGUCUUCUCCAUCUUGGCCUCCAGUGCUGGCCUUCUGGGCUGCAUCUUCAUUCCCAAGUGCUACAUUAUUGUCCUUAGGCCUGAUCUGAAUACAAAGGAGCAUCUAACAACAAAAACUAAAGACACCAUCUGA